AGCGCGGCGGCGGCAGGCGGACCGCGCGGCCAUUGGCGGCGGCCGUGCGGGGCCGGCGCCGGUUGGGUCGGGCGCGGCGGGGGCGGGCGCGGGGCGCUGACGCCAGCGCGGGGCCGGUGGGGAGGCGGGGCCGCGCCCCGCGCCGUCUUUGUGCUCGCCGGCAGCGCCGCCGCCUCCCGCCGCCUCCCUCAGCCCCGCGCGGCUGCGGGCGGCUUCGCUCGGCCCGGCCCCGCACCGCACCUCCCCGCACCGCGCGGCCCCGCUCCUCUCCGCGCUAUGUGCGCCGGCGCUGCCGUGCCUCCUCGCGGCCGCUUCCUUCCCGGCGGGGCGCUCCCGGCCCCGCUCUGAGCGCGGCGGGGCAGGGCGAGCGGAGCGGUGCCGUGCCCGGACGUGCCGUGCCGUGCCGUGCCGUGCCGUACCGCGCGGCGCGGAGCGGAGCGGAGCGGAGCGAAGGGAGUGCGGCGCCAUGCGGGGCCCGGGGCCGGCGCUGGCGCUGGGGCUGCUGCUGGGCGCGGCGUGGCUGGUGUGCGGGCAGAACGAGACGGAGCCCAUCGUGCUGGAGGGGAAGUGCCUCGUGGUGUGCGACUCCAACCCCACGUCCGACCCCACCGGCACCGCGCUCGGCAUCUCCGUGCGCUCCGGCAGCGCCAAGGUCGCCUUCUCCGCCAUCCGCAGCACCAACCACGAGCCCUCUGAGAUGAGCAACCGCACCAUGAUCAUCUACUUCGACCAGGUACUAGUGAACAUCGGCAGCAACUUCGACUCGGAGAGGAGCACGUUUAUAGCGCCCAGGAAAGGAAUUUACAGUUUUAAUUUUCACGUGGUGAAAGUCUACAACAGGCAAACCAUCCAGGUGAGUUUGAUGCUAAAUGGGUGGCCAGUGAUUUCUGCCUUUGCAGGAGACCAAGACGUGACCCGAGAAGCUGCCAGCAACGGAGUGCUGAUACAGAUGGAGAAAGGAGACAGAGCUUAUCUAAAACUGGAGAGAGGGAACCUGAUGGGGGGCUGGAAGUACUCGACGUUCUCUGGAUUUCUGGUGUUCCCGCUUUAAACCACAUCUCAUCCGAGAGAGGGGAGAGCUGCAAGUCAGAGAAUCUCCUACGGGUUCCCCAGCCCCAGCUGGGUGUACGGAGCUGUGGACAGCGGACUUUUUACGUGCAAAUAUUUAAGAAGCUAAAAUCCUGCUUAGGUUGUGUACAUCGCUUUGAAGAAUUACUCCUUGUUUCCGUUGUGUUGCAGCCAACAGGCGGGAGACACUAUAAUUGAUCACAGCCCCAUUUCUAUUCCUCUCUCCUCCCACAGAAUUAGUUCCCAUCUCUGUGUCACUGUGUAAUCGGCCAUCGGUCCCCACGGUUUCUGCCUCACACGAGUAGACUUUAGGUAUUUCCAUUGUCCUUUACAGCAUAUUUUGUAGUUUUGUUUUGAAAACAUGUUAACCUCGACUCUUUUCUCUGAGUUUUAACUUAAAAAAACCCACACACAACGCAACAAAAGCGCAAAGUACUUUCGAAUACGUGGAUGCCGUGGGGGAAGAGAAGACGCCGCUCAGGUGUGUGCGGGCUGAAGGAGGCGUUUCUACGCGAGGAACUGUUUGCAGCGAGGGCUGACCGCAGUAUUUCAGUAUUUCUAUGUAAUUCUGAGUGAUCGUGAAAUUUAAGGCUGCUAAAUGUUUUGACGCUUGUUUUGCUCUUGUAAAAUGUGGCCCAACUAAACGCCAGGAAGUAUAUGGAACUUUUACUAUUACUCUGUAAUAUAUGUGUGAAUAUUGAAAAUUAAUUUUUGCUUUAAUUCAAUAAAGUUUAAAUGGGACUUUUAUUUUUCUUAA